CAGGGGGCGGGAGGAGAGGAGAAGUGAAAGUAACUUAUGAGGGACCAUGGUUUCCACCUCACAGUCACAGGGCGCUAUGAGAUGGGACAGAAAGAGGAAGUGAACCGUGAUGCUGUACUGUAAUCGCUGGGAUGAGAAGUGUGAAAGUCGGUGUGUGGCCGGGUGACGUGCAACGCGAGGUUUUCCUCACACCGUGCUGCAUCCACUCCACUAGCGCCCCUUUAUAAACUGCCGGCGGCAGAUCAUUUGUGUGAGUGUUUGCGCUGUACCCAAGAAGGGGCUUCUCCUGACAACAUAAAGAGCAUCGUUAGGGAAGCCCAAAUGCAUUGCUGGUGCCUGCAAGGGGCGGCAUUCCUGCCCUCUAUAUUAGUCAUCUGGUCCUCUGCUGGCUUUCUCUUCUCCUAUAUCAUCUCGGUGCUGAUUGGACACGUGCCCCCCUUUGUGCCCUAUAUAAGUGACACAGGUACUUCGCCUCCUGAAAGUGGAGUUUUUGGUUUUAUGAUCAGUGUGUCUGCCAUGUUGGGGGCAGCCACAAUGUAUACCAGAUAUAUGAUAUUAGAGAGGCAAAACCUUUCCAUUGAUUUUCUGCCUAUUUACUUCAAUAAGAUUUCAUUAGCCAUUGGAUUGUUUGGCUGCAUCGGCAUGGGGAUUGUGGCUACUUUUCAGGAAAUGGCUGUCCCUGCCGUGCAUGAUGCUGGAGCACUUAUAACAUUCAUCUGCGGAGUCAUGUACAUUUUAUUACAGUCUUAUAUCUCUUACAAGUCCUGCCCUACUUGGAACACAAGGGCCACAUGUCAUAUAAGAAUGACCGUUUCUCUGAUAGCAUUUAUUGCUGUGGUACCCAUGAGUGUUUUUUCCAUAUUAAGUGGGAGAAAAAGGCUUGAUUGGAAACCAAGUGAUGAGGGAUAUCCCUAUCACCUAACAAGUGCAAUCUGUGAAUGGACUGUGGCAUUUGGAUUUAAUAUGUAUUUCCUUACAUUCAUCAGAGACUUUCAGGGUGUAAGUAUACAGAUUUCAACAGAAAUACAUGAAGACUUUUGACAACAGGCUGGAUAUAGGGAAGAUUUUUCUGAAGAUUUUAUCAAGCCAGGAGGACAAUGUGAUCAUUUCUGUAUUUCAAGGCUAAAAGGACAUGAAUGCAACACCUUAGGGAUAUUUCAAACCACUAACUCAAUGUACCAAGUACUUUAACUGUCUCAACAUUCAUUGCAGGUUAUAGGGGUCAUUUAUAUUUUCUGUGAGCAGAAGUACAAGAGUACUUGGCCCCUUUGCUCAUUCAGGCAGCAUUUCAUACAGAUACAAGAUCCAACUGAAGGUUCACAGCAUCAGGGCUACAGGCCAGACCUUAAUACCUGCCAUGGGGUAAAAGGGAAGAUUAAGGGCCAUUGCAGGCCUGCAGCCUCUCCCACUCCCUAAAUUGUGCCGACAUUUCACUGCCCGCAUACCAUUCUUGAAUAGAGCGCUGCUGAACCCCAGACAGUAUCUAUCCAAUUGCAUAGCUGCGGGUCUCUGUUCUCAGAAUGGCACAAAGAAAAAUGCUGGCAGGGUGAACCCUUGCUUUAAGUUUAUUGCAGCAUGCAACGUUUUGGGCUAAACCCUUUUAUCAAGCAUGGUUGAUAAAGGGGUUCACCCUGAAAUGUUGCAUGCUGCAAUAAACUUAAAGCAAGGGUUCACCCUGCCAGCAUUACCUUGUGUUAGAGUCCUGCGCGGAACCAUUUUCUAAGACCCGGACCCGUAACCCGCGACCUGAACCGCAACCCACAUAUUUAGCCACUUUGAUCCGCUACCCGACCCGGACCCACAACUGCCUUAUCCGCAACCCGCCGAACACAAUCAAACCGGAAAUUACAUCAUAAAAAGUGGGCGGGACAGAAACAUGUUUCGUAAAAUUUUAAAAGGAGUAAAAUAUAGACAAUAUUACAUAAGAUAAGGCAUUUAGAUGAGACCCGCGACCCGCGGGUCUCAUCCCACACCUGAAAAUCCUCCCCUCAUUCCGCAUGGUUCCCGCUUAUUUGCAGGUACCCAACCCACUGCAGGACUCUAAAUUGUGUGCCAGUGAUUUUCUUUGUGCCAUAUUGGAAGUGAGGUGGCCGAUACCUCCAUCACUGUGCACCAGGGAGUAGUUUUCUGGGAAGGCCAGGGUGUCCGAGUGCAUCCAAAAACUUUUCCUCUGUUCUCAGAAGCCAUUUUUGCACUUUGCACACCAUCUUUAAAUGUCCCUUUACGUCUAUAAAAUACUAAAUUGUAGAACAUAAAACCAAAAAAAAAAAAAUAUGGUAGAUAUGUUAUAAAAUAACAAUGA